CUCGGCUAUCUUGCCAAUAUAAUAGAUCAUCUUAGUCUCCGCUCAUCUCUGGAUAUAAAAAGACCAGUGAGUCACGUGAGAUACUGUAGUGGGUCAUAUGAUCGAAGGGAACGCACAAGAGUGCAGAGGACACUACACAAACCGAAACCAGUCCAGCAGGUGCUUCGAAGUACGGGGAAAUAUAGCCUACCUUUUUCUACUUGGGCCGAUACUUAGGCUAUUGCUCCUGGUCACUAUAGUUAUUAUCGUAGACUCAAAUCUCUGCGUAGUUCUGUAAACAGAAGCGUGGUGUGACGCGAUGAAGGUGAGCGGUGUGUUGCUGUGUGUGUUGCUGCUCUGGGCGGAGGGCUCCCGGGCUGAUACCCCGGCCAACUGCACCUAUGAAGAUCUGUUGGGCUCCUGGGUGUUCCAGGUAUCGACGGGAGGGAAAGACAAAGGCAUUAACUGCUCUCUGAUGGGUAAGAAAUGGAGUGACACUAGCAGCGCGCAAACUUCUUGUUCCUAGAAACACGGAAGAACGAACCUACGUUUUAAGCAAUCAAGCCGGCUAUGUAACUUAAUUGAUUUUGAUUGUUAACUUGACACAGUAUCCAAUUGCGUUUGUUUGUAGCCUAUUGACUGCCUUUAUUACUAUCAUUGAUACAAUGUUUGUUACAACUUAUCCCGCUGCCCAAUGUUACAUCUCUAUCCUGUUACUUUGCGAUACAGAAGAACCCCAAAGUUGAAUUGAGAAUGAAUUACCAAAAUGUCUACUGUUUGUGUUUUAAAAAGACACCGUUGAUAAGUCGAUAACGGUGCACCUGGAGAAGCUGUCUGUGGCGGUGGACGACCUGGGAAACACGGGCUUCUUCACCCUUAUCUACAAUCAGGGCUUCGAGGUGGUCCUCAACGACUACAAGUGGUUCGGCUUCUUCAAGGUAGUUUUAAGCUCUCGCUUAUUCAAGCGUUUCAUUCAGGGCUAAAGUUUAUCCUAUAAUGAUAACAAACUAUGAUCUGUCGAAGUCUAGAACCUUUUUGGCAGACAUGGAAAUGCACUUGCCUUGCACACUAAGUUUCAGGCUCGUCAGACGCAUGGCUGGUAACCUUCCCUGUAGUUGCUGGGUGACGCUGUUAAAGACAGAUUACAUCUCAAUUACUACGUUAUUGAUACAUUCAGGCUUGUGAUUCAAAAUUGCUUUCAGGGCUGUGUUGCAGCCUUUUUCAUUCAGGGUUCUUUUGUUUUGCAUUCAGCCCAUUUUUUUUCUUUUUCACAUGACUGCCCGGUGAUUGUAUCAGGGGAAAUGUUCAGUGUUCUCCCUCCUACAUGAUAGAGGUGACUUGCAGACAUCAAUUAUACUUCCUUUAUUGAAACCGUCUGGACUUGUCUUGGCACACAGUGACUCAAUGUCACACCACACAUGCUUUACUCUAAAAGCCCAUUAGGUACUUGUUGCUGUUCAUAAAGCCAAACACUCUGCUCACUCUUAUUGAAAGCCUUUAUCAGGUUAAUGGCCACAUCUGACUUGUUGCACUUCUGCUUUUAAAUAAGUGAUAUUUAUUUUAAUAUGCAACUCUGGCCGUAAAGAUGAGGAAAUACAAUAUUUAAUGUGAUGUAAUGUCUCCACACAACACACGGACGUGCACAAGCAGUGACUGAGUUUCUCCUCUGUUCCAGUACUCUGAGCAGGGCUCUGAGGUGACCAGCUACUGUGACCAGACUCUGCCAGGCUGGGUCCAUGAUGCUCUGGGGAACAACUGGGCCUGCUUCACUGCCAAGAGGGUCGUCCCAUUACCCCCUCGCUCCGUACACACACACCACUACCCCCACAAGGACCUGUGAGUAUCCUCAUGGGUUUUAUAGAUGUUUUGAGACACUGUGAACAAGAAUAAUCAUGGUCCCAUUUUUACUGUUGCUCAUAUUGAAAAGCAAGCAGUCUGCUUGGCCUUUACUCUUUCUCUUUACAUUGGCUGUGUUUACUCACCCCCUCGGGCUGUGUUUACUCACCCCCUCGGGCUGUGUUUACUCACCCCCUCGGGCUGUGUUUACUCACCCCCUCGGGCUGUGUUUACUCACCCCCUCGGGCUGUGUUUACUCACCCCCUCGGGCUGUGUUUACUCACCCCCUCGGGCUGUGUUUACUCACCCCCUCGGGCUGUGUUUACUCACCCCCUCGGGCUGUGUUUACUCACCCCCUCGGGCUGUGUUUACUCACCCCCUCGGGCGUGUUUACUCACCCCCCUCGGCUGUGUUUACUCACCCCCUCGGGUGUGUUUUACUCACCCCCUCGGGCUGUGUUUACUCACCCCUCGGGCUGUGUUUACUCACCCCCUUCGGGCUGUGUUUACUCACCCCCUGGGCUGUGUUUACUCACCCCCUCGGGCUGUGUUUACUCACACCCCUCGGGCUGUGUUUACUCACCCCCUCGGGCUGUGUUUACUCACCCCCUCGGGCUGUGUUUUACUCACCCCCUCGGGCUGUGUUUACUCACCCCCCUCGGGCUGUGUUUACUCACCCCCUCGGCUGUGUUUACUCACCCCCCUCGGGCUGUGUUUACUCACCCCCUCGGGCUUGUGGUUUACUCACCCCCUCGGGCUGUGGUUUACUCACCCCCCGGGCUGUGGUUACUCACCCCCUCGGGCUGUGGUUUUACUCACCCCCUCGGGCUGUGUUUUACUCACCCCCUCGGGCUGUGUUUUACUCACCCCCUCGGGCUGUGUUUUACUCACCCCCUCGGGCUGUGUUUUACUCACCCCCUCGGGCUGUGUUUUACUCACCCCCUCGGGCUGUGUUUUACUCACCCCCUCGGGCUGUGUUUUACUCACCCCCUCGGGCUGUGUUUUACUCACCAGACUGCUCCAUAGGUCCUACAAACACAACCUGGACUUCAUUGACUCCAUCAACGCGGCCCAGAGCUCCUGGAAAGCCACAUCCUACAGCGAACAUGAGACCUACACUCUGCAGCAGCUAAUGCACAGGUCUGGGGGACCAGCCUCACACAUCCCCAGGUACAGUCACUAACUUGUGAAACUAUGACUUGUUGACACAUGAAUUCCAUAGUCAUUGUGGGGGACUUCCCACUACAGCCCCAAGGAAGAAGCAGGAGAAAAUGAGUCAUUCAGCUGUGAGAUGUGACUUCUGAAAGAAAAGGGAGAGAAGUCAUGACUGAGUCCGAGGGUAAAGGUUUGAGGGAGGAAGGCUAGUGCACACUUCAGGAGAGUAUGGAAUAAAAUCACGUCAGUUGUGUUCAGUAGGUAUGAAAUAGGACUUUACAACAGAGGUACUACCUAAACGUGUCCAAUAGGAACUCAUUUUAGAUUCAUUGCAAAAAGUAAAUCAUGGAGGCCCUGGUUCUCUAUGCUCCUCCCCAGACGUGUUGGCCCCGCCCCUGUGACGGCAACGCUAGUCAAGAUGGCAUCCGGCCUACCUGAGCGCUGGGACUGGCGAGAUGUCAACGGCGUCAACUACCUCAGUCCUGUCCGCAACCAGGGUAACGCACACCGGGUCAAAUACCUACUCUUUUUAUCAUGACUCUUGGCAGUGUGUCCUCUCCCAACCCCUGUGUAUAAUGUUCAGCCUGUCUGCUGUGGCUGAGUGGACUUUGGAGUUCUCUACACAGCAUGCAGUACCAUUGGCACUCCUGUUAAAGAAUGUAGACUGCUAAAUCAAAGGCCACAGUCCCUCUGGAUUAUAGAGUAGCAAUGUUCCCAUCUCAACCCCGCAUGCUCAUAUCUAGAGAUCAAGCAUAGUGAGUGGUUGGAUAGCUGGCUGAGAGGGCCACUGCAGGGCUGGGAUUUAGGCGCUCUGUUGAAGAGGGGAUUUAAUAAGAGGCCUACUGCUGUGUGUAUGGGAGAGAAAGUGAGGCCUUCUGCCCUGCCUUAGGGUUCAUAACCAAAAAAACGAUGGUUGCUGCCUGGGGCUAAAAUAGGUUGACGAUGAUGCACUGACUGGGUGUCUGAUUCUUACAGUGGUGGUUUUAUAGCAGUGACGUUUUAGCUUGGUUGUGACAGUGCAGGGUUUGACUGGUACUCUGUCGGCUCCAGCUUCGUGUGGUAGCUGCUAUUCCUUUUCCUCGAUGGGAAUGUUGGAAGCUCGCGUCAGGAUCCAAACCAACAACACUGAGACUCCCAUCUUCAGUCCACAGCAGGUUGUCUCCUGCUCCCAGUACUCCCAAGGUAAUGCGUGCACACUGCAUAAUUGUAUCUAAACUAUGUGAGUAUUUCUCCCAUAUCUCUAACCCUCUCACUGCUCUUCCUCCCCUCUCAGGUUGUGACGGUGGUUUCCCCUACCUCAUUGGGAAAUACAUCCAGGACUUUGGGGUUGUGGAAGAGUCAUGUUAUCCGUACGUUGGGAAGGAUUCCUCUUGUGAUGUUCCCGAUGGCUGUCGCCGCCACUACGCCUCAGACUACAGCUACGUGGGAGGGUUCUAUGGAGGUUGCAGUGAGUCUGCCAUGAUGCUGGAACUGGUCAAGAACGGACCCAUAGGGGUGGCCUUUGAGGUGGGACACACACACGUUGGCUAGUUUGUCUAUUGGAUAGCUCUAUGUAAUGGCCAGUAUUAGUUUGCCAAGUAUUAUUCCUCACUGUUUUCCUCCAGGUGUACCCUGACUUCAUGCACUAUAAGGAGGGUAUCUACCACCACACGGGCCUCCAUGACCCCUACAACCCAUUUGAGCUGACCAACCAUGCGGUGCUGCUGGUGGGCUAUGGCCACUGUCACAUGACCGGUCAGAAGUUCUGGGUGGUGAAGAACAGCUGGGGGACGGAAUGGGGCGAGGGGGGCUUCUUCAGGAUCCGCCGGGGAUCAGACGAGUGUGCCAUCGAGAGCAUCGCGGUGGCAGCCAAGCCCAUCCCCAAACUGUAACGGGUUAGAGGGCGAGGGGCAAUCUUUCGUCUUCCCAAUUGGAACCUAGCCUGAUACUUUGGGCCAAAGUCUGAAAUGGUUUCUGUAUUGAAAUGGAGUUAUUGUGUAGCUGAGAAGCUUAAUCAAAUGGCUGGAACAUUUUUAUAUAAAUAAUCAGUAACUGUGUAAAGCUUUGCUAAUUGCUCACUAGACUGUCUGAUCCUUGCCAUGCCAACCAAAGAUUCAUUCUUGGGGAUGAUGCCUAAAGGGAACCUGCUUUAAUCCCUAAUGUAACUGGGAUUUGUAGAUUUUUAAUUAGUUCUGUAGUUAGUCUGGUGAUUGAUAGGAGGGCAGAGGACCUCUGCACUUUCUGUAAUGUCUCCCCUGUGCUUCCCUAUCUUGCCCUGUAUUCUCCAUAUGUCCUCUGCUAUGUCACUACUAGUCCUCACAUCACUCAUCUGUCCUCUCAUAUCGCUGUGUGAUGUAAGUCUCCUGGGAACAUUCAAAGGGAUUGCUGUCUCAUCAGUGUAGAAAGGGAUCCAAUAUG